AUGAGUGAAGAAGAUGAUGAUUCGAACGAAAUGACUGUGAAUCCGAAUUCUCUUCACGGACCAUUCACUGCGCAUUUCAAGCAAUGGUUGGAGCAUGAAGAUCGAUUUGGUGCUGGCGUCGAAGCUCUAAAUGUUUUUGAGAAAUACGGACCCACCGGCUCAUUUGGAGGAAAAAAAGAAGAAGGAGAAGAGAUCUCUCGAGAUCCAGUGAUUUUCAUUCACGGAAACUCAGACUCAGCCUUGGACUAUGGCACCCCAGGGGUUGCAGGAUGGACGGCGGUGUUGAAAGAUUUCCAAGCGGCCGGCUACAAAAUGUCCGAACUUUACGGGAUUACAUAUGGAAAUCGGAAAAUCAGUUUGUCGUUGAACACUUUAAUGAGCUGUGAAAUCUUGAAAUCGCAUCGAAAAUUCGUUGAAAAUGUGCUUAACUACACGGAGUCGCCAAAAGUUGACAUCAUUGGACACUCGAUGGGAGCAACAAUUGCACGAAAAAUCGUGAAAGGAGGAUUGGUUGAAUUGAAAGACGAAACUUGUGAUUUGGGGCCGAGUAUCGCCGACAAAGUGGACACCUUGAUAGCGCUGGCUGGCGCUCAUUACGGGAUGUGUCUAUGCGGAAAGCCUGGUCUCAUCUCGUCCAAUGCCUGCAAUGUUGUGAAUGGCUUUUAUGCCUCACAAACGUGUGGAAACGGGAAAGCGGUGACAUGCGAGGCGGCGAAGGAGGGAGAAUGCAGGAAUGCGAAUUACGGCGAAUUCCUCAAAUCGAUCAAUCAAGACACGAGAAAAGAAGCCGAUCAUGUAUACUCAUUGUGGUCAAAAGAUGAUCAAGUUCUCGGAAAUGACAAUCUCGUUUGGGGAAAGAAAACCUCAUUCGUGCCUGGAUCAAAAGCCAAAGCCUACACCGGCUUGGAUCAUUUCAAUAUCAAGACGGGCGCUUCAGAAGACAUGAUUUCUCUCGUUCAAACCCACACAUUUGCCCCAUCACCAGUUGACCCAUCACCAGUUGCCGUUCGACGAGUUCAAAGGAGUCACAACAAUUUCAACGUUCCCGACGAAAUUGCCCAUUUGACCGAUUCGAGUGAUGAACAUUCGGAUAGAUUGGGUGUCAUCGGCUUCUCUCUCUCUCGCGGCUCGUCAAUCUACCAGAGUGUUGGCUCAAAUCCACGCGUUUGUCAACUGCAACAAACUGAUCAAGGCUUCGACGCGAUAUUUUUCCUCGCGGAUUUGCCGAAAAAUCGUUUACGCGUGUUCAGAAGUGGGAUCGGGGAGAAAAUCACGAUUUGCCCAUCACAUGAACAUUGUGAAUCGAGCGUUGCAACAACAGAAGGUGAUGUUGAGAUCAAAGAUGAUGUUGAGAUUAAAGACGAUGUUCAAACGAGAUCGGCCGAGAAUGAGACAAAGUCUGAUCGAGAGAAACGCGGUGUCUUUGACACGAUCAAACGAUUGUUCACGAGUAAUUCCGAUGGAAAAGAAUAUGUGGAUUAUGUGCCAUUGCAGAAGAAUGACAAUCUCUACUCGGCAAAUAUCUCGAUCCGUUUCACCAACGAGGAACGCGGGAAAUACCAUUUCAUCUAUCACAAUUGUUUCAACUACAGAGAGCAGGGAUAUAGCACUCGGGUAGCCGUCGAUUUCACGGUGGACAUUGUCGAGAGAAAUUUUUUCUCUUUCCUCUCUGCCGGGGAUCUUCCGAAACCGCAACUUUUUCUCUACAUGUCAUUGAUGUUUUUAUUCGCCGGAGCUCUUUGGACACACAUAUUGUGCAUGAGCAACUCAUCCGACAUUUUUCGAGUUCACUACUUGAUGACAUGUCUAGUCUAUCUCAAGGCUUUGUCGCUAUUUUUUCAUGGAGUCAACUACUACUUUGUGGCAAAAUACGGUCAUCAGAAAGAGAUCUGGGCUCUCGUUUUCUACAUUACACAUUUAUUAAAAGGAGCAAUGCUUUUUGGAACGAUUGUUCUCAUCGGCACUGGGUACACGUUUUUCAAGAAUUUCCUGACUGAACGAGAUCGAAAAGUGUUCAUGGUUGUGCUUCCGUUACAGAUCAUUGACAACAUCGCUUUGAUCAUCAUUGAAGAAAGCGAGUUCGGAAAUCAAUCCUAUCAAUUUUGGUAUCAAAUCUUUGUCUUCUUGGAUUUAAUUUGCUGUUUCUUGAUCUUUUUCCCGAUUAUCUGGUCAAUGCAUCACCUCGUCGAAGGCGCUCGAUCCGACGGAAAAGCGGCGUUUAAUUUGGAGAAAUUGAGAAUCUUUCGACAGUUUUACCUCUUGGUUAUCUGUUAUAUCUACACAACAAGGAUUAUCAAGUUUUUAUUAUUGUACGGUAUUCCAUUCGAUUUGGAGUGGACAUGUGAGGCUGUGGUCGAGAUUUCAACACUCUUUUUCUUCGUUGUUGUCGGCUACAAAUUUCGGCCUCAAUCCAGGAAUCCGUACCUCAAAUUGAACCAAGAAGACUCCGAGGAUGAUGAUGGAGUGGCUUUGACGCAAUCAAAUCUCCUGGAAGGGGUGAUCAAUCGAUCAAAGAGCAACGGGGAAACGGUUCUCAUUGAUAUCCCGGGAACGAUCGGCGGUUUGGAUGAGACAGACAGUGAUGGAGAGGAGGAAACAACAAUAAGACCCCAUAGAAUGAGUCAUCCCGAAAAAACACUCCUU